AUGUACAAUAAAGAUCAACAUGAUCAGCGCUUAAGAUAUCUGAUUGCGACCGAACAAGAUAUGGCUGCACCGGCGGAACAUCCGACAAAUACUACCUUUUUCGUACCAUACCCCAAUUGUACCAGCAAUUGGACUGCAAAUUCCACUGCAGCAGACAUUUCCAUGUAUACUGAUUUCCCAGAAAAUGGUGAAGGCAAAGGAUCACGGGUUUGUGAGGUUCGUAUGGGAGUGGUUGUUGAUUUUGAAGCAGGAUUUGAUGAUGUUGAGGGAUUGCUAUCUUAUAAUAUGCUUGGAUAUUAUCGACUUCUACAAAAUGACCCUCAGG